CAAGACCCGAGCUUGAUGCUGUUUGACAUUGGUUGUAACAUCGGUCUAUACACAAUGUGGGCAGUGGCGCUGGACAGACGGGUGGUGUGUGUGGAGAUGAUGAUGCAGAACGUUGAGCGGGUCCAGAUGGCGUUAGAGCAAAGCAACCUCGGUCAUAUGGUGACCAUUGUUAACAACGCCCUCUUCAGUGAUCACCGAGAGCUGGAGAUAACGCUGUACAGAGACAUUUGGGGUCUGCCUAGGCUAAACGAAUCAAAUGUAUAUCAGAAAAACUUGAUAGACACAUCACGAGGCAAGCUGAAAGUAAACACCAUAUGCAUCGAUGACCUGACUCCUCUAAUGGCAGGAAAACAUGUAUACAUUAAAAUUGAUAUCGAGAACGCUGAACACUUCGCACUUAAGUGUGCGCAUCGUUUCUUUGAAACUGUGGACGUACGCAUCGUUCAGAUGGAGUGGCACAGACGCACAGAACAAGAAAUCGUAUCGAUAUUGGAAUUUAUGAAUACUUAUGGGUUCGCUGCUUCGUAUCAUAGCACCGUUUACAAUCCGGUCGAUUUAAAGACAAAUACAAAAAAUUUAGAU